UUCUAGAGAAAUUCUCAUUAAAGAGAGAGAGGAAAGUGAGAGAAGAAUAGAAGCAAAGAUUCUAGGAUUUGUGAAGACAAAAAAAAUCUAGGGACAAUCUAGCGUAAUUUUCUCUCUCUUCUAGCAAAAGAGCAAAAGAGCAAAGAGCAAAGAGCAAAGAGCAAAGAGCAAAGAGCAAAGAUUAGAGAAGAUGCAGGUAUCAGGUGUCAUCGGCGAUGUUUUGGUAGCCAUACCUUCAACAGGUUGUUAUCGUUCAACUGAAUUCAAGAACACUUUGCACCCUUUUUCAGAUCCUAAGUAUUCCUUUCUUCAUGCUUCUGCUAACUGUCACAAACAGAGCUCUAGUUCGUUCUACAUCGGAAAGCUUACCACAGGAUUGGACAAGAGCAAGUCGAGGGGAUUUUUGGUGAGAGCAUCUGAUAAUUCUGGAGAGAAUUUGACGCCUAUUGCUCCCGUUCAGUUGGAGUCCCCAGCUGGGCUUUUGUUGACACAAAUAUUGCAAACACAUCCACAUCUCCUUCCUGCAGCUAUUGACCAGCAGCUCGAGAACCUGCAAAAUGACAAAGAUGCCCAAAAGGAAGAAACCCCAUCAUCAUCUCAAGGCCUUCCCCUAUACAGGAGAAUAGCUGAAGUAAGAGAGAAGGAAAGACGGAAGGCCUUGGAGGAGAUAAUAUACUGCUCAAUUGUACAGAGAUUUGUGGAGAGAAGUAUCUUAAUGAUCCCAGAGAUAUCCCAAAGUCCAGAUAUUACUGGCAGGGUGGAUUUCUGGCCAAACCAAGAACAGAAACUCGAAUCUGUACACUCUACUGAAGCAAUCGAAAUGAUACAAAGCCACUUGUCCCUCGUGCUAGGUGAAAGGCUUGUGGGUCCCUUGCAGAGUCUUGUCGAAAUCAGCAAAAUAAAACUCGGAAAGUUGUAUGCUGCUUCUAUAAUGUAUGGUUAUUUCCUUAGAAGAGUAGAUCAGAGAUACCAGUUAGAGAGAGCCAUGAAAACUCUUCCCGAGGACUUUGGCAAAAGUACUACAAGAUUUCAGGAUUCUGUACCUCAGAGCCCGUUUUGGGAUCCAGAUUCACUUAUCCAAAUCCCAGCUGAUGAAGAAGAUAUGGUUAGUUAUGGGGAACCUUUGGAUAUUGGUGAUGGUAAGUCCUAUAAAUUAAGGUCAUAUGUCAUGUACUUGGAUACUGAUACUCUUCAGAGAUAUGCUACCUUACGAUCGAAGGAAGCAAUGUCGCUGAUCGAAAGACAGACCCAAUCCUUGUUUGGUCGACCUGAUAUCAAGAUCGCUGAGAGUGGUGUAUUGGAGACACAAAAUGAUGAAAUUAUUUCGAUUUCUUUCUCAGGAUUGACAAUGCUUGUUUUAGAAGCAGUUGCAUUUGGAUCAUUUUUGUGGGAUUCAGAAGAUUAUGUUGAAUCAAAAUAUAGUUUUGUUAGUAGCUGAGAAUAGCUAUUAUGGUAUUACUUUCAUCCUUAAAGUGUAGAGAAUAAACACAUUUUAUUUGUUUGCCAUGUAUAUUGCCUAUUGGUACGUUUUCAAUGGAAUGACAGUAUUCUGUGUUGCAA